AAGCAGAAGAUGGCAGGAGAACAUGAUCCCAGGGUGCUGGGCCUCCCGGAGGAGAAGGCAACAUUCGGAGGCCAGAGAUUCACUGAGAAAGACCCCGAGAUGCUCACUCAGAGCCCAAAGAGCUUUCCAGGUCCUGCAGGCUGGCUGACCCGAGUCCCCUGGAUUCUGUUGCUGCUUCUCAGCUCUUUGGGCCUCUGCUUUGUGCUCUUGGUGACCACCCUGGUUCAAGUUUCCAGGACCCCCGAAUCCCCGCAGGCAAAGGUCCAGGAUCAUCAGAACAACUUCAGCUUGGGGGCUGCUUCUCAGGAGCAGGUACUCUCGGGCCUGGAGCAGGUCCGUCAGCAGCUGACCUGGAUCAACACCUCCCUGGCUGCCCUGUGCCGACCCUGCCCCUGGGGCUGGGAGGCAUUCCAGGGAAACUGCUACCUCUUCUCUCGGACCCUGGGCAGCUGGGAGAAUUCCGUCUCCUCCUGCCGGGACAUGGGGGCCCACCUGGUGAUCAUCAACAACGCUGCAGAGCAGAGAUUCCUGAGGUACUGGGACAUCAGAAAGAGCCAGCGUACCUGGAUCGGCCUCAGUGACCACAACAAUGAAGGUUCCUGGUACUGGGUGGACAAUACCCCUCUCCAGCUCAGCUACUGGAAAGAGGGGGAGCCCAACAAUGCCGGAGACGAGGACUGCGUGGAGCUCUUCGUGGAGGACUGGAACGACAGCAAGUGUACCGCCCAGAACUUCUGGAUCUGCGAGCGGCCCUCCGCCCGCUGCCCUGGCGCCUGA